UAUAAAUGACUGAUUUGGAGGCGGUAGGUGUUCGUCUGCUGCAGCUCGAAGACGAUCUAAGCGAGCAACUUGACCAGAUGACGUUCGCUCCUCCGGUACAGCUAGUAUACAAUCCUCUGCGCUAUGCGAGUGAUCCUCACCGACAAUACGUUCUCAAUUACGGCAAUACGACCAAAAAUCUGUUAUUCAUUGGAAUGAAUCCGGGACCGUUUGGAAUGGCUCAAAAUGGAGUUCCAUUUGGAGACGUACAGAGCGUUAAAAACUUUCUCUCUAUUUCCGGUGACGUCACAAAACCGGAAGUUGAGCACCCUAAGCGUCCAGUGAACGGAUUUGCGUGUGCGAGACGAGAAGUGAGCGGGUCAAGGCUGUGGGGAUGGAUAGAGAAACAUUGCUGCACGGCCGACAAAUUUUUCGAGCGUUGCUAUAUCCACAACUAUUGUCCUUUGCUGUUUCUUGCCUCGUCGAGUCGAAAUAUCACACCACCACAGCUCAAAUGCGACGAUCGACGAGCACUGCUCGCAUUAUGCGACGUCAGCCUGCUGAAGGUGAUCAGAUUGCUAGACCCUAAGGCUGUCGUCGGUAUUGGACACUUUGCUGCUGAUCGUGUGGCUCGCGUUCUAAGAGAAAACAUCGAGCUACGACACAUUGGAACUGGUUGUAUUCUGCAUCCUAGUCCAGCAUCUCCGCUGGCAAACAAAAAUUGGGCAGAAACAGUUGAAAAACAGCUAAAGCACAUGCAGUUGUGGAAGUUUAUCAGUAGAGAGGAAUAUGAAUGAUGUG